AUGGCCACAAAAGACUAUCGCUUCCGGAUUAAAAUCAAAGAAAGACCUUUCAGUACACCCUUGCAACUCAGUGUAUCCCAACAACAGCCACCACAACUGUACCAAUUAAUUCAAAAGAUACAACAAUUCCUGCAGGACUUGAUUGUUGAAGACUACGCUAUCAUGAUCGACAAUCAUCGUGACCAAGGCAAAAACGUGCUUUUGGCGGAUGAUUGUACCUUGCAGAAUGCAUUUAGUCUAUUAUCAGACCACGACCGUCUCGAGAUCAUGCUGUGCCGAAAAGCAAGUCCUGUGCUAUCCGAACCAAAAGACCACCCCAAAGACAUAAACCUAUUACAGCGCACCUCGAAUGCCCUUGUUGACACAAUGUCCAUAAUCAAACCUUCUGUACUCAGGUGGACUGCAGACUCCACAGAAAAUCGUUUACAAAUCUCAACCUUAACAACAACGACAGUAACAACAGUAACAACAACAGCAGCAACACCAUCGGCAUCAGCAUCAGCAUCAGAAUCAACAUCAACAACCAACGAAGAAAGUGUUCAAGGCAUGCCACAGAACGCCUAUGAAUCAAAACACCUGUUGGAUCGCAAGGAUUCUGGAAUCUCGCUUGACGAACCAGUCCACAAAAAGCAGCGACUCAUGUCAACCCCGUCAAGGAAGCUCCCCGAGCUAUCAUCCCCUCUAAUACCACACCAUUCUAGUAGCUUCAUCGAGCACAAAUCUCCUAUGAUACAUCCCCUCGACAUUAGACGCACCUCCCUUUCCCCACCCUCUCCGCCACUACAUGCCUGCGUACGUGGGAUGUCUCCAAACCCUUCACCUGCAAUCGUCCUCCCGGCAAUCUCGUUUAUCACCAGCGUCUCAGAACCACUCGACCUCCAGUUAGCCCCAAUUCACCAUUCUCGCUCGCAUGACCCUGCACUUUCACCUGCUCGCUAUCCUCUCUCGCCACCCACUUCUGUAUCUUCUCCUGUCUCCCUCGCCCCUCUCCUCCCAAUAAAUACAGAUCGUCAAACUGUUCAGUCUACCAACACAUCUUUGGGACAAUUUGUGUGUGAUCGAGUCAUCGACCUUGUAACUGGAAGGACUUGUAAUCAAGCUUUUAGGCGGUCAUAUGAUCUUACCCGGCAUCAGACAACACACCUACAAGAUAGACCAUACCGUCACUGCGAACAAUGUGGCAAGAAGUUUACGCGCUUAGAUGCCCUUCGUCGCCACGAAAGAGUUCAGGGCCAUCAUCCCCCAAAGCAUACCCAGAGUCUUUCAUUUCAUUCGACCCGACUGGACGAGGCAGUCAACCGAUCUCAGCAGGCUAGAGCUCGAUAG